ACUGCAUUGUCAUUGAUAAUACAAUUAUGAAGGUAAUGAUUUAAAGAAGAUAAUAUUAUUUCUUCUUUCGUUUCAAGAUUUUGAAAAAAAAUAUAGACAAAAAAAACUGACCGGUCCGCGCUCUCGCGCAACUGUUGUCUACACCGCGGACGAACGUUAGAUCCGUUAUCAUAAUUUUUUAGUGAUAACGUCUCCGUUUAAAUAUUAUUAUAUUCAUCCGUAGCGUCGAGAUGGUCGCGGUGCCACGCGUAUUGCUCGGUUCGGGCCGAAUCUUUCGCUUUUUCGAAAACAAUUUAACCGCGGUUAACCUAAAAUACUUCCACGCCACGGCUCCGACCUUUGCAGAGCGGCUGUUCACUGAGAAACACGAAUGGGUGCGUGUCGACGGCAAAAUCGGCACCGUUGGCAUAUCGCAUUACGCCCAGGAGUCGUUGGGGGACGUCGUGUACGCGCAGUUACCAGACGUAGGCACGGAGCUUAAGCAAACGGAUGAGUGCGGUGCGCUAGAGAGCGUCAAAGCUGCGAGCGAGAUAUACAGUCCCGUUUCGGGCAAAGUUGUGGAGAAAAACGGGCAAGUUGAGGACACUCCGUCUCUUAUUAACACCUCCUGCUACGACAAAGGGUGGCUGUUUAAGCUCGAGCUGUCGAAUGAGUCCGAGCUGCAAGACCUCAUGACCCAAAGAAAGUACGAUGAGUUCCUAAAGAGCCAAGAAUCUCACUAAGGUUUUAAUUUAUUGCGCGGGUUAUCUACACGUUGACCUCUUACGUUGGGCGUAUCACGUCAAUCGAUUAUUAUAGUAAGAAAAAAUACGUUUC